AUGAUUGAAGACAAUAAGGAGAACAAAGACCAUUCCUUAGAAAGGGGAAGAGCAACUCUCAUUUUUUCCUUAAAGAAUGAAGUUGGAGGACUUAUAAAAGCACUGAAAAUCUUCCAGGAGAAGCACGUGAACCUGUUACAUAUCGAGUCCCGAAAAUCAAAGAGAAGAAACUCAGAAUUUGAAGUUUUUGUUGACUGUGAUAUCAACAGAGAACAAUUGAAUGAUAUUUUUCAUCUGUUGAAGUCUUAUACUAAUGUUCUCUCUGUGAAUCCACCUGAAAAUUUUGCUAUAAAGGAAGACAGUAUGGAAACUCUUCCUUGGUUUCCAAAGAAGAUUUCUGACCUGGACCUUUGUGCCAACAGAGUUCUGAUGUAUGGAUCUGAACUAGAUGCAGACCAUCCUGGCUUCAAAGACAAUGUCUACCGUAAAAGACGGAAGUAUUUUGCAGACUUGGCUAUGAACUAUAAACAUGGACACCCCAUUCCUAAGGUUGAAUUCACUGAAGAGGAGAUUAAGACCUGGGGAACUGUGUUCCGAGAGCUCAACAAACUCUAUCCAACCCAUGCUUGCAGAGAAUAUCUCAAAAACUUACCUUUGCUUUCUAAAUAUUGUGGGUAUCGGGAAGAUAAUAUCCCACAAUUGGAAGAUGUGUCAAACUUUUUAAAAGAGCGCACAGGUUUUUCCAUCCGUCCUGUGGCUGGUUACCUAUCACCAAGAGAUUUCUUAUCAGGUUUAGCCUUUCGAGUUUUUCACUGCACUCAGUAUGUGAGACACAGUUCAGAUCCCCUCUAUACCCCAGAGCCAGAUACCUGCCAUGAACUCUUAGGUCAUGUUCCUCUUUUGGCUGAACCUAGUUUUGCUCAAUUCUCCCAAGAAAUUGGUCUGGCUUCUCUUGGCGCUUCAGAGGAGGCUGUUCAAAAACUGGCAACGUGCUACUUUUUCACUGUGGAGUUUGGUCUGUGUAAACAAGAUGGGCAGCUAAGAGUCUUUGGCGCUGGCUUACUUUCUUCUAUCAGUGAACUCAAACAUGCACUUUCUGGACAAGCCAAAGUAAAGCCCUUUGAUCCCAAGAUUACCUGCAAACAGGAAUGUCUCAUCACAACUUUUCAGGAUGUCUACUUUGUAUCUGAAAGCUUUGAAGAUGCAAAGGAGAAGAUGAGAGAAUUUACCAAAACAAUUAAGCGCCCAUUUGGAGUGAAGUAUAAUCCAUAUACACGGAGUAUUCAGAUCCUGAAAGACACCAAGAGCAUUACCAGCGCCAUGAAUGAGCUGCGACAUGAUCUUGAUGUUGUCAGUGACGCCCUUGCUCAAGUCAGCAGGCAACUGAGUAUCUGA